ACAGGGAGUAAGUAACAGGGUAUUGGGGGAUUCAGCUAACGACAAAACAAGCGUGCCGGAACGCCACGCCCCUUCGACCAGCCCACUGUUUUGAUUGGCUGAGAGUUCAGCACAGGGCGAAAUAUUUGAAUAAAAUCUCCACACCGCUUGUCGCGUGGAAAUUAUGAAUCCACGACUGACAUGGACGGUGUAAAAGGAUGUCUUGCUUUUAACCCAAUUCUUCAGUUAUAACCCACAAGAAUAAUCAAGACAGUGUGUUGUUUUUUUUCUUCUUUAGCAUUGAACUUCAUGAUUCAUUUUUUUAAUUCCAGUAUAGACGUUUCAGGUGGUCUGCAUUUCCACUCGCAACUGAAUGGCAGUUUGAUCCGGCGUGUGAUGAAGUUUGGUGAUGUUUGAGCAGCUGUAGAAUCUGCACUGUUAUAAUUAGAUGCUCAAGAAGUGAUUUAUAAGAGGACGGAAACCUGGAAUUUAGAAGAAAACCCAUGAAGUGAUUAUGCUAAUUGGGUAACUGUGAGCUGUCACUCAGACUCUUCCCCGAGCAAAAAAAAUAAAAAAAAGCUCUUGGAGAUCCUGCGGAAUAAAUUCUGAUCGUGUUUGGUUUGGAGAUGGGAAGCCAGGCUCCGGUCAUGUUUGCGGUGUUGCUGGUGGUCCUGCUUGUGCCUGAAAGCUUGGAGGUCAGAAAGGGCCGCGGCGGCCGGACUCAGACUCGCCAGUCCCAGCGGGAGAGGACGGAGACCACGGAGAGCUUCCCGCUGGACUUUACAGCUGUGCAGGACGGCAACGUGCUCACGUUUGUGGAGCAGGUGAAGAACCUGGCGCAGUCCCUCUACCCGUGCUCAGCGCAAAAGGUGGAGUAUGAAAUGAAGCUUCACUUUUUGGAAAACUCCUCAGUGACCUGCAACGACGGAACACCCGCUGGGUACUACAUAAAGGAGUCACGGGGAAGCAGAAGAUGGUUGCUGUUCCUGGAAGGUGGAUGGUACUGCUUCAGCAAACAGAACUGUGACACCAGGUACGACACCAUGAGGAGGCUGAUGAGCUCUACCAGAUGGCCUCAGACACGCACAGGUACAGGGAUUCUGUCUCCUCAGCCAGAGGAAAAUCCACAUUGGUGGAAUGCAAACAUGGUAUUCAUUCCUUACUGCUCUAGUGAUGUGUGGAGUGGAGCCUCACCAAAGACAGAUGAAAACGACUAUGCAUUCAUGGGAUCCCUGAUCAUACAGGAAGUUGUGAAGGAGCUCCUAACAAAAGGCCUGGAUAAUGCAAAAGUCCUGCUGCUAGCUGGGAGCAGUGCUGGAGGUACAGGUGUUCUGCUGAAUGUAGACCCUGUGGCUGAACUCCUAAAGAGUCUGGGGCACGGCUCGGUUCAGGUGCGAGGGCUGGCCGACUCAGGAUGGUUUUUGGACAACAAGCAGUACCGCUGCACAGAUUGUGUGGACACCCUGGGUUGUGCUCCAACCGAGGCAAUCAAAAGGGGCAUCAGGUACUGGGGCAGUGUUGUACCUGAGCGAUGCAAACUGGCUCACAUAGGAGAAGAAUGGAACUGCUUCUUCGGAUAUAAAGUCUACCCUACCCUGAAAAGUCCGGUGUUUGUUGUGCAGUGGUUGUUCGAUGAGGCUCAACUGACUGUUGAUAACAUUCACCUUACGGGGCAGCCGGUGCAGCAAGGCCAGUGGCGUUAUAUACAGAACCUGGGCAUCGAGCUCAGGAACACUCUCAAAGAUGUCCCGGCCAUGUUCGCACCUGCCUGUUUAUCACACGAGAUUAUCACGAGAAAUUACUGGAUGGACGUGCACGUGAAGGGCACGUCUCUACCUCGUGCUCUGCAGUGCUGGGACCGCAGCCUCCAGAACAGCCUUCGCAACAACAGCAGUCAGCGAUCUCCUCCUCGUGCAUGCCCACUGCAUCUGAUCGACAGCUGCCCGUGGCCUCACUGCAACCCGACGUGCCCUACAAUCCGAGAUCAGAUGACUGGACAGGAAAUGAGCGUCAUCCAGUUCCUCACUCAUAUGGGCUUUGAUGUGCAGCGAAUGGCGCAGCAGCAGGGCAUGGAGGCUAGCACGCUAUUAGGCAUGCUCAAUAAUGGCAACUAAGCCACAUACAAUGAAGCUGAAGGGAAAUACACACUCACACACACACACAUACACGCACACACACUCUACACACACUACAUUACCAGAGAAUGAGUUAAGCAGCAAAAGGGCAAAAUGACCAGAAGAGUCAGUUGUAAAUGAAAGAUAUUGACAAUCCCUUUACAAGGAUGUGGAUUCAUUUUAUAGGAAGAUGCCAUUUUCAGCCUUAAGCAUCUGUAGUGUACGUGUGCUUACCAGACAAAGAAUUAGACAAUGCUGAGAAAAGGAGAACCAGAAACUCACUUUCAUAAGGACAGUUGCCGACUCAGUCAAAAAUGUCUCAAAUACACAACCAUGUAAAUUUAAAUCAUUGCUUCAAUAGUUGCAUUUAAAUUGCAAAAAAAAAGUGAGAACCAAAUCUCCAACACAACAGAGUAGAAAUAUACAUUUAAAAACAUAUUUAAUGGUUUUAGGUAUCCAAGCACCGUCUCAGAAAAUCAGUCUCUACUUUGCACAUGAAACUCUGUGUGAAGAUUCAGAAAUGGAUUAUAUAAAAACGAGUGCUAUGGUGGAACAGCAGGGUGUGCAGCAAUCUUGCUAGGUUCCUUGGUUGGAUUUUCAGUUCCGGUUAAACUCUGGUGUCUCCUUUUGUUCUCCCUGUGCAUCUGUGAAAAUGUUUACCUAUGCACAGAGAGAAGAUGGACUUCAUCUGGGUUCUCUGGUUUCCUCCCUCGUCAGAAAAGACCUAUCAAGUGUGUACCACAACCACAACCUAGAAUUUAGUGAAAAUGAAUGAAAGUCUAAAUAUUUGUUUCUAUAUAAUUAGUUGACUAGUGAGUUUGAAUCAACUUUUCUCAGUACAGUCAAAUUCAUAUCUGUUGUAAUCACACAAACACUACACUACGGUUGAUUGCGAUCAGGUUGCGAAUGAUGUUUAUUCUUUUUCCUCUCUUUGUAUUUCUUUGCUGAGGAUAUACAGAGUCUGUGUUUUAACCGAGGAUGCAAAAUCCCCACUGAGACAUAUAUAAUAUAUAUUUGCAUAGCUAAAAUGUUUAAUGAUAACGGGACGGGUAACCCUCCAGCUCUCCAGACCUCACUGUUUCAAAGCCAUGUGGAGGUAGUUUCACUGUAACUAUAAGCUUUUGUUUUUUUUCCUAACACCCCCUACUGGUGCCUCGAACAAACUGCAGCAAGGGGUCUUUUCAUUGGGUCUCAUGAUGUCGUGCUCAAGAACAGGGUUUUUUUUUUUUUUUUUUGGACAUUGACUCAUGUCUGGAUUUUGACUUUGACUUUGUACAGCAGGACCAUGGCAGCAUCAGAGAAGACAGACUGUUCAAAAGGAAGCCCUGUGGUGCUACAAGAACAUUUAAAUUAGGUUCAGUCAUUUUAAAAUAGCACUUUUUUUUAACAGCUUCACAACAGUGGUUCACUGAACUGUAAAAGGAAAUGACCCAGUUUCCUCAGGAUGUGCCGGACUGUAAACUCCACCAGAGGACGGAAGAGACUGCGAACACAGGAGGCGCUGUUUACCCAACACAAGCUCAUGGGCAUUUUUUAUUGUAUUAUUUUUCAUUUUAGAGAAACUCACGUUAUUCUCAAAGAACAAAGAAUCAGCCUUUAAACUCCAUAUUUUGUAACGUUCCUAAAGAGAAGAUAAGCUUAAGUAACACUGAUGAAGUUAUCUAUUUAUUUUAUUUUGUGAAUCAUAUUUAUGAGUAACUGAAACAGAGAAGAGAUUCUUUGUAAAGUGUACAUACCUUUUCACUUUUUUUCUUGGCUGUUUUGAUCGCAUGUCUUUGUAAUAAAUCUUUAAGAUACAUUAUA